ACGUCCCACGUUGAUCAAUUUUCCUUGAAUAAAAGAAAGUUAUAUAGAAAUAUUAUUUGAUCAUGAAAUUAGUUUGAGGAAUCGUUUUUUCGAGUACUGAAGACUUGAAAGGAACUUGAGACAUCAGUGUGGGAAUUUGAUGGAGUAACGGAUUGUUCUUCACUUUUUGCUCGGGAGGAUAUCAACGGCGUAAAUUUUUUUUGGAGACUGACUCAAAUGGGAUACUUUGUGUAGUGUACAGCUUCACUUACCACAGGUACACAGGUCUUUUUUGCUAUAUAGGUACAGAAACUCGGAAAAGUCCACAUUUAUUCUAUAACUUCAUUUACGGUCUAAAAAUAGUUGAGAAGGUAAAAUUUAGGAUGCAAUUUUUUGAAAGCUUUCCAUGAUAGCAAAUUCUUACUUUUGUUUAUUUCUACCUGGUAAUUGUCAUUUUGUCAAUGUCCUUUGCAAAGACUAAUUUUACAGACUUGUUAUUUUCGUUUAAACUGUUUCAUAUGAUACCGAACCAGAAAAAAGAAACAAGAAAUUUGGGCGAAUUUUCCUUGUCGUAUGUUAGAUCGAAACCAUAUAAUCAGUUUGAUCUUGGUUGUACUGGUGUAUUGAUUUUCAUGGUAAAUGAUUCAAUGUUUUCAAAAGCUUGCAAAUUGUGCUACAAACUGCAGAGAAGUGUAAAUUGCUGAAGGAUAUUUGUUGUGCUUGUAAGCCUUGACAACUUGGGGGCCAAUUUUGUUAGGUUUAGAUUUUAGAAUUUUUUUAAUCUUGGAGAUGGCAGUAGGCUAGCAAAGUGGCUGUUAGUGCUGCUUUUGAAUCAGAGAUAAAAUCAGCGGAUAAAUGAAGAUAAAUGGGGUGUUUUGGCAAAAUAGUUUGUUGGUCGAGUUUAACUUAUAUUUCAUCCAUUCUUUUUUACUUGCAUUAUAGUUAACUUCGGUGCUAUUCAUCAAGUAAAUUGACUUUCAUAUUGUCAGUGAUUUAUAAGUUAAAACAUAGUCAUUUGAGAUCUCGUUGAAUCGUCUCGAUUCAACGAUUAUUGAUUUCUAGUUUUCAUAUUAUUUUGAUAUGUAUAAUAAGAGAUAUUAACAAUUAAUAUCGUACAUUUGGGGUAUGAAAAAGCAAAUAGUGAAAGUAAAAAAGAAUGGAGGAAGUAUAUAUACAAUUAUAAUGCUAAUGUUUGAGAUAAAUCUAUAUAAGGAGUUUAAAUUUUAGAAAUAAGUAUUUUAAUAUUCAAAGUUGGUGUUUAAUUAACUUAAUUAAACUAUUUAGAUCAAUGGUUUGUCUCAUCAUGAGACUUUAUCAAUUAGCUAAUUUGUCAUCACCUAAAAUAUCUCCUCGUCAUCAUUAUACCUUAUACAUCCACCUCAUAAAAUCUAUAAUCAGGAUUUAUAGAGAGGUAAAAGACGACAAGUCAACCCUAUCACCUAAUCAUCUCUUUGAUGUUAAUAGCAUAAAACACAUGAGAACAAACACAUCAACCCUAAUCUUAUCCAAGAAAACACCCCAUUAGGCAUUAAGGACUAAGGUCGUUUUCGUUUGUUUUCUUUUGCCCCCAAAAGAAAAAGUGGAAACCAAAAAAGAUCAAUUUCACGUAGCAACUUGUCAAAUUUUUUAAUGAAAAAAAAUUGAAAAAACUUUAAACCACAAAAAAAAAAAAAAAAGCAACAAUGAGAAUUUAGAAUCCAAAUCAAUCUUGAUAUUCAAGGGUAUUUAAGUAAUUAAAGAACAACCAUAGUUAAGCGCCUCCACUCAUUUCUUCUUCCUUCUCGGUGAUUCCCUUUCUCCAUUUUCGCUUAGCUCUCCUCACACAAAUUACCUCCAUUUCCAACCUUCCAAGCUUUCAACAAUGGCGUCCACUUCUUCAAACCCACAGUUUUCCUCUUUUACUAAACCUAACAAAAUCCCUAAUCUUCAAUCCUCCAUUUACGCUCUCCCUUUUUCCAAUUCUCUUAAACCCACUUCUUCUUCUUCAAUCCUCCGCCGCCCUCUUCAAAUCUCAUCAUCUUCUUCUCAAUCACCUAAACCUAAACCUCCUUCCGCUACUAUAACUCAAUCACCUUCAUCUCUCACCGAUGAUAAACCCUCUUCUUUUUUUUCCCGAUUUAGCCCUGAAGAACCCAGAAAAGGUUGCGAUGUUCUUGUUGAAGCUCUUGAACGUGAAGGUGUUACCGAUGUUUUUGCUUACCCUGGUGGAGCUUCCAUGGAAAUCCAUCAAGCUCUUACUCGUUCUAAUAUCAUUAGAAAUGUUCUUCCUCGACAUGAACAAGGUGGGGUUUUCGCUGCUGAAGGCUACGCUCGUGCUACUGGACGUGUUGGAGUUUGUAUUGCUACUUCUGGUCCAGGUGCUACCAAUCUUGUCUCUGGUCUUGCUGAUGCCCUUCUUGACUCAGUCCCGCUUGUCGCCAUUACUGGGCAAGUUCCUCGGCGUAUGAUCGGUACUGAUGCUUUUCAAGAGACUCCUAUUGUUGAGGUAACUCGAUCGAUUACUAAGCAUAAUUAUCUGGUGUUAGAUGUUGAGGAUAUCCCUAGAAUUGUUAAGGAAGCUUUCUUUUUAGCUAAUUCUGGUAGACCUGGACCUGUUUUGAUUGAUAUUCCUAAAGAUAUUCAGCAACAAUUGGUUGUUCCUAAUUGGGAACAGCCUAUUAAAUUAGGUGGGUAUCUUUCUAGGUUGCCUAAGCCCACUUAUUCUGCUAAUGAAGAGGGACUUCUUGAUCAAAUUGUGAGGUUAGUGGGUGAGGCUAAGAGACCUGUGCUGUAUACUGGAGGUGGGUGUUUGAAUUCUAGUGAAGAAUUAAGGAAAUUUGUCGAGUUGACAGGGAUUCCGGUUGCUAGUACUUUAAUGGGAUUGGGGGCUUUCCCUUGUACUGAUGAUCUGUCCCUUCAUAUGUUGGGAAUGCACGGGACUGUGUACGCGAAUUACGCGGUUGAUAAGGCUGAUUUAUUGCUUGCUUUCGGGGUUAGGUUUGAUGAUCGUGUGACUGGGAAGCUCGAGGCGUUUGCUAGCCGGGCUAAGAUUGUGCACAUCGAUAUCGAUUCUGCUGAAAUCGGGAAGAAUAAGCAACCUCAUGUGUCGAUUUGUGGUGAUGUUAAAGUGGCAUUACAGGGGUUGAAUAAGAUUUUGGAAUCUAGAAAAGGAAAGGUGAAAUUAGAUUUCUCGAAUUGGAGGGAGGAAUUGAAUGAGCAGAAAAAGAAGUUUCCUUUGAGUUUUAAGACUUUCGGGGACGCAAUUCCUCCGCAAUAUGCCAUUCAGGUGCUUGACGAAUUGACAAAGGGUGAUGCGGUUGUAAGUACAGGUGUUGGGCAGCACCAAAUGUGGGCUGCCCAAUUCUAUAAGUACCGAAAUCCUCGCCAAUGGCUGACCUCGGGUGGUUUGGGGGCUAUGGGGUUUGGUCUACCAGCCGCUAUUGGAGCUGCUGUUGCUCGACCAGAUGCGGUGGUUGUAGACAUUGAUGGGGAUGGGAGUUUUAUCAUGAAUGUUCAAGAGUUGGCUACAAUUAGGGUGGAGAAUCUCCCGGUUAAAAUCAUGCUCUUGAACAAUCAACAUUUAGGUAUGGUUGUUCAAUGGGAAGAUCGAUUUUACAAAGCUAACCGGGCACAUACAUACCUCGGGAAUCCUUCCAAUUCUUCCGAAAUCUUCCCGGAUAUGCUCAAAUUUGCUGAAGCAUGUGAUAUACCAGCAGCCCGUGUUACCAAGGUGAGGGAUUUAAGGGCUGCAAUUCAAACAAUGUUGGAUACUCCAGGACCAUAUCUGCUGGAUGUAAUCGUACCACAUCAGGAGCAUGUGCUGCCUAUGAUCCCUAGCGGUGGCGCCUUCAAGGAUACCAUCACUGAGGGUGAUGGAAGAAGGGCUUAUUAGUUGGUUGGAAAUCUUUAUAGAGAAGCUUUUUUGUAUGUAUGUUAGUAGUUCCAUAAACUUCUAUAUUCUCUUGCCGUUCUCUCGUUUAGCUGUUUUUAUGUUAGUUUGUUGUUUUCAUGUUGCUUGUUUCUUUGAAAAACCCUUUUGUGUUUAAGACCCAUUAGCACGAAUAAUCUUUGCAUGUUA